UCCCCUCCCCUCCCCUUCCCGGGAUCGGGACCGGGAUCGGGACCGGAGCCCGAGCCUGGCGGGGCGGCCCCGGCAUGCCCCGAGGAUGAUCGCCGCCUCCAGGAAGGGGCCGGAGGGCAGGUACCCGCUGCAUUACCUCGUCUGGCACAACCGCUCCCGGGAGCUGGAGAAGGAGGUCAACGCCGGCCAGGUGGACAUAGAGCAGUUGGACCCCCGGGGCCGGACCCCCCUGCACCUGGCGACCACCCUGGGCCACCUGGACUGUGCCCGUGUGCUGCUGAAGCAUGGUGCCGAUGUAGGGCGGGAGAACCGGAGCGGCUGGACAGUCCUCCAGGAGGCCGUGAGCACCCGCGACCUGGAGCUGGUUCAGCUGGUCCUGCGCUACCGGGAUUACCAGAGGGCGGUCAAGAGGCUGGCGGGCAUCCCCGUCCUCCUGGAGAAGCUACGGAAGGCCCAGGACUUCUAUGUGGAGAUGAAAUGGGAGUUCACUAGUUGGGUUCCCCUGGUCUCCAAGAUCUGCCCAAGUGAUACCUACAAGGUGUGGAAGAGCGGGCAGAACCUCCGUGUGGACACUACUCUGCUGGGUUUUGACCACAUGACAUGGCAGCGGGGGAACCGCAGUUUUGUCUUCCGGGGACAAGAUACCAGUGCGGUGGUGAUGGAGAUUGACCACGACCGGCGGGUGGUGUACACGGAGACGUUGGCGCUGGCCGCCCAAGACCGUGACGGGCUCCUGGCCGCAGUGCAGCCCACCGAGGAGCAGGUGAUGAGCCGGCUCACUGCCCCUGUCGUCACCACCCAACUCGACACCAAGAACAUCUCCUUCGAAAGAAACAAGACUGGCAUCCUGGGCUGGCGUAGUGAGAAGACAGAGAUGGUGAAUGGCUAUGAGGCUAAGGUCUACGGGGCGUCCAACGUGGAGCUGAUCACGCGGACCAGGACGGAACAUCUGUCUGAACAGCAUAAGGGCAAGAGCAAAGGCAGUAAGACACCACUGCAGUCCUUCCUGGGCAUCGCAGAACAGCACGUGGGGCCCAACAAUGGGACCCUGAUCACACAGACGCUGAGUCACACCAACCCCACCGCCAUCACCGCUGAGGAAUACUUCAACCCCAGCUUUGAGCUGGGCAACCGGGACAUGGGACGGCCCAUGGAACUGACCACCAAGACCCAGAAGUUCAAGGCCAAACUGUGGCUGUGUGAGGAGCAUCCGCUGUCCCUGUGUGAACAAGUGGCCCCCAUCAUUGACCUCAUGGCCAUCAGCAACGCCCUCUUCGCCAAGCUCCGUGACUUCAUCACGCUUCGCCUGCCGCCCGGCUUCCCAGUCAAGAUCGAAAUCCCCAUCUUCCACAUCCUCAACGCCCGCAUCACCUUCGGGAACCUGAACGGCUGCGACGAGCCCGUGAGUUCGGUGCGCGGCAGCCCCAGCAGCGAGGCGCCCUCGCCCAGCAGCGACUCCUCCAGCGUCAGCAGCUCCAGCUCCAUGACAUCGUGCCGCGGCUGCGAGAUGGCUCCUGCACUGUUUGAGCCCCCGCGUGGGUACAGUGUACUGGGCAGCCAGCGGGAGCCCGGGCGCGAGGAGGAGGAUGACCUGCUUCAGUUCGCCAUCCAGCAAAGCCUGCUCGAAGCUGGCAGCGAGUAUGACCAGGUCACCAUCUGGGAGGCCCUGACCAACAGCAAGCCGGGCACCCACCCCAGGGCCCAGGAGGGCCGCAGGCCAGAGCGGACACCUCAACACACCCCGCAGCGACAGCCUGGUCCCCAGCCGGCGCCGACCCCAUCCCCUAGCCCCGGCCACGUCUUCCGCAGCUAUGACGAGCAGCUGCGCCUGGCCAUGGAGCUGUCGGCCAGAGAGCAAGAGGAGGCCGAGCGGCGUAAACAGCAGGAGGAGGAGGAGCUCCAGCGCAUCCUGCAGCUCUCCUUGACCGAGCAGUAGCCACGGCCCUCCUCCCCCUCCAGCCUCAACAUAGGGUGCUAAUGCCAGGCCUGCCCGGCGCGGGGGCCAACUGGCCAGAGCUGCCCGGCCAGGGCCAGGCUCUGGGGGCAGAGCCUAGUGCUGUCCCUAGGAGGCUGGGAACAAGCUAGGGGACGUCGCCCUCCUAGCGCAGGACUGGUUGGCAACUGGGGUUGGGAGGGGAGGUACCAGCCUGGACCUACUGUUUACUCUUUCUAAGAAUACUUGAGCAGGGCCCCCGGCCUGGGGAGGUAUAGCUGGUGGGGAGGUAGA